CUCUGCAGAGGGGAUGCUGUAGAGAAGCAGAAAACACACCACAAGGUAUUUCAAAAGCUCGAGAGCAGAGAGUCAAAAUGACGGCCAUCGAGAGUAAAGAGGAGAUCAGUGACACUGACAGUGGGAUUAUCUUGCACUCUGGUCCAGACAGCCCCACGUCCCCUGUGAAGGACCUGACCACCCACACCAGAGCUCUGAAGCUGAAGCACCAGUCUCUGGAGGAGCGUCUGGAGCUCUGCCUGCUGGAGCUGAGAAAGCUCUGCAUCAGAGAGGCAGAGCUGACUGGUUCGCUACCCUCAGAUUAUCCUCUGAUGCCCGAUGAGAAGCCACCUCGGGUCAGAAGGAGGAUUGGAGCUUCCUUCAAGCUGGACGAAGGUCUGAUCCAUCUGGAUAAACAGGAUACCGAGUUGCAAGCGCUGGAAACUGACUUGGCCCUUCAGCAGCAGAUUUAUGAGGCGGCCCGCAAACUCUCCCUUGAGGGCAACCUCAGUAAACCACAGAAGAAGAGCCGGCUCCAGCAGUGCAAGAGGGAGGAGAAGAAAGUGAAGGAUCUGCAAGAGGCCGUGUUCCAGCACAGGAUCAAAAGCGAGUGCAACUCACCGCACAUCAACAACUCAACCAGUCAAAACAAAGAUCUGAGUGUGUCUGAUGACAGCUCCCUGUCUGAUGUGGUGGCCCUGGAUGAUGAUGUGGACCCGCCCAGCCCCCUCUCUCCUCCAGUGCUGGGCACUUCCUAUUCAGAACCCCUUCAGCUGUCAGCCAAGACCCUGCCGUCAUCCCAGCAGUCAUCAAGCCAGCUCAGUGUGGAGUAUGAGCGCUCUCCCAUCCAGAACUCUCCAUGGAAGGAGUCCAGUCUGGACCAGCCGUACCAGAAGGUCACAAAACCUCAGUCUGCUUGCAGCAGCAGGUCCAGUAGUCCAGCAGGAACCCAGGUGUCGGCAGAGAGCAGCAGGAUUCCUCUCUCUCAGUUUAUAAAGAACUCAGCCCUGUAUCACAACCACUCCACCAGUGCCCCCUCCACCCCGGAGCUGCACGUACGUCGUCAGUACUCCCAGUCCUUCAGACUUCCCAAAAGUAAGCCGUCUGUGGACAUGGAGCGCCUCAGCUCAGACAGCAGCCGAGGGCGAGCCAGGCUGCCCCAGCGGCACUGCGUGGCUGAUUUGAUGGUGCGUUCUCCGGAGUACUCUCCCCUGCGUCCGUACCAGUCCAGCUCUGAAGACAGCAGCUCGGAGCACUCCUCCUCCUCCUACAUCAGCUCCCCUGGCAGGGAUGGACCCACUGAGAUCCCAAAGCUCUGCCCGCCUCCUUAUGGAUUCCACCUUGGAGCACAGAAAAAAGGACUCUCCAGCUUCUCCAGCUCACACAAGAACACCAGCCAGUCUCAGCCCAGCCCUGGCUAUGUCAAGGCCAUUACAGAAGAUGGCCCCCUCUCCCCUCAAGACCUGGACCUGGGGAAAUGCUUCCUGUCCUCCCCUCCUGUGGCACGCAGCCAUCAGCAAAGACAGUGGCAGGAGGGAGCGUCGUCCCCGAGGAGAAUCCUAAAGCCCCCUCCACCUUACACCAGGCUGGUGCGAACACCCUCGCUGAAGGAGUACCCGAACCACGCCAUUAGGCUGAUGCCCAGGGAGAUUGUAUCAGAGGAGCUGAAGUCCUGGCACCAGAGGAAUCAGCUGCAGAAGUUGCGACCAAGCUGCGGAGAUCAGCUGAGCUCCCUCGGUUUCAAAAGCCCCACUUCACCUCACCUGCAUCCAUUUAAACAGGGGUCAGGUAAUGUGAUUCUCCAGAGAGCUGCAGACGGGACUCCAGUCCAGUGGUUUGUGGCUGAGGAUGCUGAAAUCGUGAGCCAGGUGUAGCUGAGACCUCUGCUCCUCUGCAGUAUGUUCAGUAGGAUGUAUGCUAUUCCUUUCUAUUUAUCUCUAUAUUUAUUAAGUCUUUAGACUCUCUGUGAGAUCGUAUGUUGACAUGAUGCAGAAAACACGGACCUAUC